AAGAAAGGAAGAGGCCGAACGCUAGAAAGUGUUAGCCAACCUAGGCUUGAAGAUGUCAACUUAUUGUUUAAUUCUGCUCGGCAAUUUAAAGCUAUAUGUUUAGAGUAGCACAGGGUCCUGCCAUAUAAUCGCUUUGCGCUUUCUGUUUUGCGUGGGAGCCGACUGAAGGGAAGGUGAUGGUAAUGUUUUCGACAGAAAGCGCUAACAAAGCUAGCUGGCUCAGGUACUAAGCCUGUAUAAGUCAAGCUAACAUUAGCCAACAAUCGUCAAGGAGCGAAGCUUAAAUGAAGGUGUUGUGCAAGGCGAAUGCGUAAACCUUCGUGCUGUCUUGGCCAUCAGUACAAGCAGAAGUGAUCAGCAUCCAAUGAAAGGUGGUGGAAGUGGAACUUGACCCAGCCAACUGAGUCACCAUUUUCCUGCUCAUCAUGGGUUUAAUGGCUCCAUUGUGUGCAUGACUUGUUUCAUGUGGCCUGAUGGGAGGACACGGUGGAUAGUACUUUCAUCAGGAUACCAGGAGAGCCAUCUCAUGCCCUCAUUUUGGAGGGCCUGUCAGAAUGAAGAAGAUAAGCCUUAAGACCAUCCGCAAGUCACUCAGCAUAAAGGGCAAAGAGGAGGGUGACUUUGUCAUGCUCCAGCAGCCCUCGGUGACUGCAGAGUUUUCUAAGGAUGAGUCACUUUUUGGGGGCUGCUACACCAAAGAGCUUUCUGCUUGUGAUAUUGCUAGCGAAGAUGAAAAAGGGGGACAGAACAAGGGCCGCUCAAAGAGUGAGACUCUGAUGGGAUCGCUAAAGAGAAGGCUGUCUACCAAACAGAAGGCGAAAGUGAAAGGCGGCGCCUCGACCAUAGGCUCAGUGGACGAUGAAGACACCUUCUCAUCUAAUUCUGUCCCGAUCAGCUUCAAUGAGGUAAAAGCUCAGAGACCCCUUAGAUCUGCAUCCCUCCGGAGUCACCAUUAUAGCCCUUCUCCGUGGCCUCUGCGGUCUGUCAACUCUGAUGAUGCGUGCAUCAAAAUGGAGGUAAAAGUUAAAGCCAUGGUUCACUCUCCUAACCCAAGUCCCAACUUAAACGGUGUCCGGAAAGAAUUUCAUGAUUUCCAGAUGGAAGGGCUCCUUCAGGACCAAGCAGAGUCCUUAAAGAAUCUCCAGCAACCGCAAAAUGGUGAGCUGCAUCUAAAUAUUGAUGAAAAUGAUGUGCCUGUGGUGCUGGGGUUGACGCCCCAGGACUACAUCCAGUACACAAUGCCUUUAGAUGAGGGAAUGUAUCCCGAAGGGUCUCACUCUUUCUGCCUGGAAGGUUCCUCUCCUAUGGAGGUGGUGACAGAGGCAGACAAUGGGUCCCUCCACACAGAGCAGGGACAGGAGGAGCAUGAACUGGUGAAUGGGAUGCCUCCAGAUAUAUUCAUGGAGACCUCAGUCAAUAGUAUUCUUAUUGGUUCUGCUGGCAUGAUGCUCCAAAACUCAAGAGUGGAGAUGCCACCUCCCCUUUCUCCACUCCUGCCACCCAUGACUAGUAAUGGACAUAUUCCAAGGACAUUUUCGGGCUUUAGCUCUGCAGACAGCCAGGUAGCUGAGAGGGUAAGACACCACCUCAACUUUGACCCAAAUUCGGCUCCUGGGGUUAGUCGGGUAUACGACUCAGUCCAGAGCAGCGGGCCCAUGGUUGUGACCAGCCUGACGGAGGAGCUGAAGAAGCUUGCUAGGCAGGGCUGGUACUGGGGUCCCAUCACACGCUGGGAGGCAGAGGAAAAGCUGGUCAACCUGGCCGAUGGAUCAUUUCUGGUCAGAGACAGCUCUGAUGACAGAUACCUGCUCAGCUUGAGUUUCAGAUCGCAGAGCAAAACCCUCCACACCCGCAUCGAACACUCCAACGGACGCUUCAGCUUCUACGAGCAGCCCGACGUGGAGGGACACACAUCAAUUGUUGACUUAAUCGAACACUCUAUCAAAGACUCAGAGAAUGGGGCUUUUUGUUAUUCCAGAUCUCGCUUACCAGGAUCUGCAACCUACCCCGUCAGACUAACCAACCCAGUAUCUCGGUUUAUGCAAGUGCGCUCCCUGCAGUACCUUUGCCGCUUUGUCAUUAGGCAAUACACAAGAAUAGACCUUAUCCAAAAACUGCCCUUACCUAACAAGAUGAAAGAUUAUCUGCAGGAGAAGCACUACUGAGGAUACGGAUGGUAAUUUGCACUUUUGUGUUCAGUUAAGAGAUUUACAAAAGGGGUUUACAGACAACUACAGUUUUGAGAUGAUUGGUUCUGGUGGCUCUUGAUUUGUGUCCGUGUGACCCUGUCACUGUUCGGCCCUUCAUUCCACUAUUCUGGGGUUUUUUGCAGGAGGCUCUACUUCCAGAAAUGUAGGCCAGCACAUAAUCUAUCGCAAAAACACAGCAGAGAUAUACAGCCAAGUAAUCUUAUCCGAAUGCAUCAAGUGCAGAAGCUGAUGUUGGAUACAUUAACAAUAAUCCAGCUGUGCAAGUGUAACAGUUUUUUGUUAGUUUUUUAAAAGAAAUUAUAUCGGCGUUGAGACUGCAGAGUAGGGAAAAGAAUAUUCCUUUAAAAUUCUAUCACUUGUUAAAUUCAAUCUGUAGUAGAUAUGAAGGAUGAUUCCAACAUGGAGCGGUAUUUUUUUUUUUAGGUCUCUGCAGACUGACCAAUUUGGCUCAUCUUUUGCUGUUUUUUUUUUUUUUUCCUUCACUUACAACACUCAGACUGCAAAUGAGAACAUUAUGCAUCUGUACUGUGCUGUUAGUCAAAUAGAAAGAUAGGGCAUCAUCAUAUUUGCAACGACUGACCUAUUAUUCUGAUUGUAAAUUUGCAAAAAGAAAGAUUAUAAACCUAACUCCUCAUUCAGAGGAUUAAGUUUCUCCGUGACCCUUUAUUGGCACGUGGCAACGGUUAUACAACCAAUACUUAAAUGCUUCUGUCUUAAUAUGGGACCGACUUUACUUUUGGAGCUUGUCACACGGCUUAUUUUCAGCCGUACUGUUAAACACAUAGGCUUUAAUAAACAUGAUUAUCUGUUGAUGAAAGGUUUACCUUUAGUAUCCAGGAUUUACAACUGUAUAGCAAAAGAUGUCCACAAUCUGCCAGCCUGCCAGAGCCUUCAAACAGAUCAUUGAGAGACGUAGCUUUAAAUUAUAUGGCUGCAUGCAGCCAUUAUACAUUGUGCAAGCCUAAAGGUACUGAUAAUGCUGGAUUUUAAUGUUGUGCUGUUUGUGGUAACAGCAUAAAGUUUAUGUAUAAACCUUUUUAAAAUAUGCUAAAAGUGAAAAAAAAAUCUGCUUUGGGAAUGUUACAAAAACUGCACCGCAGCUCAGGCCUAACAAGUUUGUCACUAUGUGUAAUGCUUUUAUCUGCAUGUUAUAAAGGCUUUAAGACUGUCAAUUAAAGGCAAUGUAGAACUACACUAAUUGAGAGAAGAUGUCACAGUAAAAGGGGGGGGGGAUUUUUGGCUGUUAUUAAAGCGCGACACUGAGUAAAAGGCUGUUAAAUGCGCAGUUGCAUUUACCUUGGGCAGUUUAUAUAUAGACAAAAUUGCCCUCAAUUAACUUAUGACUGGGGGGGUGCAAAUAAACAAACAAACAAAAAAAAAA